CAAGAAGAUAUGCGCCAACUGUCCGCCACUGUUGACGCCUUGAAGCGCGACCAAGACGACCUGCGCCAACUGUCAACCACUGUUAACACAUUGAAACGUGACCUAGACGACAUCCGCCAACUGUCAACCACUGUUGACGCCUUGAAGCGAGACCGAGACGACAUGCGCCAACUGUCUACCACUGUUGACGCCUUAAAGCGCGACCUAGACAGCGAGCGCAGCCGAGUCACCGCCUUAGAGCAGCGUCUUCAAGAAAUGCCAUCUUGUCCUACAGGCUACACAGAGUUCCGUGGAAUCUGCUACAAGGCCUUCUAUACAGAGAAGACCUUCAGCGAUGCGGCCGCGGCCUGUCGUGAAGACGGUGGCACCCUCGCCAUACCCCGAGACGCUGAGACCAACGCCUUCCUGAUCUCCCUGCACAAUGCCGUGAGCUACAGUGGUCACUUCUGGUUCGGCCUGCACGAUCGGCGGGAAGAGGGAAGCUUUGAGUGGGUGGAUGGUUCUGCACUUGGAACGUACAGCUCCUGGGCUCCGGGGCAACCGGACAACCUUAGGGGCGGCGAAGAUUGUGUUCUUUACUCUUUCUACUGGAACGACAAGUGGGCCGACAGUUCAUGUGACAGGCCGUUUCGUUUCAUAUGCCAGGCUGUUCCAGGCCGUCCCUAGGCGACAGGCGGAACUAUCUCCACCACUGUAAACCGGCCCUCUGGAAAUCUGCAAUAAACUACUAGCCAGUAAAACAUUUUUUUUUGGCCGUAUUAAGUUCAUUCCUGUUUUGGCAGCGUUUCCUACAAAACGAUGAACUGACAGCACAGACAAACCGUAAUCGCUUAAAAAGCUUCACUCAAGACAUGGCCGCAAACCGGCUCUCUGGACGUGUCAAGUAAAGAAAAAAAUUAAACUACGAGUCACUCAAACGUUAAAAUGUAGCAAUGGGCCCGAACAGCACUUUGUUACCAAUUUUUUGAGUAGUAAAAUGACGCACGAGAAAGAAUAAAUAAGCACCAAAGCAGUGAGCCAAUACUACUAGUACAAUUUAGACACGUCUCACUUCUCAUAUAUAUUGCAGAGAAUGUACCUAUAUUAUUGGCAAAAGGUUUUACUUUGGGAGUAUUCUAGAAGUAGAAAGCUCCUGGUUUUACCGUAUCCAAGCCUUAAUUUUGUUCUUCACAUAGAUUUCAGCUUUGCUAAGAAUCAUAUAUCUUACUCCAGGUUCUUGUUCGGAUUGUGUGAAUGCUUGGAGUUUUACAUAUGGAUAAAGCAAUGGGCCAUGAAAACAACACGUUAACUUACAAGUUUGUUGAGUAGUAAAAUAACACAUGAGAAAGAGUGAAUGCCAUGAUGCAUUACUGUGUAACUGUAGACACGCCUCAUUUCUUAUAUGUAUUGCAGAGAAUGUACCCAUAUAUUUUUGCACGUAGCCAGAAGGUUUUGUUUUACAUAGGGAACCUAGAAAGUGAUAAGGUCGCGGUUUUGCAGCGUCAAGUGCAUUAAUACUUCUAAAUCUGAUGUUUUGUAAAAACACGGACACGGACAAAAUGCAAGCGCUAAAACAACUUCAUUGUUUUCAUAGUAGACUGACUACUCUUUGUUGUUGUAGUAAACGAGGAAAAUGCCUCAUACCAUAACAACCUAGUAUUUAUUGAUGGAAGCUUCUUGAACAAUUUUCAUUACAAAAAUCUGGCAUACUGUGCACAUGUGAAUCUGAACCACUGAAGAAGCCAUAUUGAUGAAGCCGAUCUGUACAUGUGUGGCACUAAAUUAAAGUUACCAACAGGAACUGUGGCUCCGACUGUCUAAAGGA